AUGCGCUUGUUGUGCUGUUUGGGACAGAAGAAGCCCGGAGCUGCGGCGAGGGAUUUCGAGGACGAGGAGUUUGGUAGCUCGCUCCAGGCAGAGCAAGGCACCUUGGAGGAGAUGCCUCGGCCGCAGCCACCCAGCCCAGUAGUUCACCUCGUGGAGCCUUCAAAGCUCGAGGCUUCCUGCGAGUCUCACUGCAAUGUCCCUGAGCCGAAGGUUUGGGGGCUUUGCGAAGAGAUCACCAUCCGAUUGCUUCAGCCCAACCGACCUCCCAGCCAGCUCAGACUAAAGCCGGGUGACACCAUCCUCCAGGUCAAGCGGUCGAUCCCUUUGCAGGUAAAGGAGUUCAGAAGAGCUGACCAUAGGAAUCUGGAGCUCUUCAAGGGUGCCGGAUCUUGGUGCCUGAAGUUGAACUGCAGAACUUUGCGGCAAUAUGGAAUCGGACCUGGCGACGAAGUCACCGUUGUGCCAAGCAUGGUUGGGUCUGCAAGUUUCGAUUCAGUUCCAUUUACUCCUUUUGAGGAUGUGCCACCCGAGCGGCUGGCGGAGAUCCGGGACAAGGCCAUGGCUCCAACGAGUUCACUCGAGCCUUUUGCACAGAUGGCUUUUGAGCGGCGGAAGGCUCUGAUUGCUCAACAGGAUUUCAUAGCUGACCGCAUCGCCGGCAUGUCCAAGGAACAGUGCGAAGUGCUACUCCGGUUCUGGGAGGAAGGUUUGCCAUAUGAGCCGCCCUACUUGGACAGGUUUUGCGAGCGGAUGGCGUCUCACUUCAUCGACGAGCUCGCAGACGACGCAAUCCAGCUGGAGGGCUUAGAAGCGCAGGAAGCAGAAGCGCUCUACAACGCCUUCUUGCUGAAGUUCCAUGAGAAGUACGACAAGCUUCCGAAGCCAGCAAGGCUGCAAGAUGGUGCCGCUUGUUUCUGCUGCAUCCAGAAGUUUGCCGAGGACAUGCAGGCUCGCUUCGAUAGACUCCUGCAAGAGGAGGCCAUGCAUGAGAGACAGCAGCUGUAUCGCUCGCACCACGUGUUCGAUCCGGUCUCGGACCCGGCGACAUGGCGGUCUCGCGACGUGUCGGGCUUCGAGGUGCCUGUGCCACCGCCGCAAAAGCUGCUGUUUACCAUUUCGCAGGUCUUGCCGCUAGCCUACAGCCUUAUCGCUGUCAUGCCUCGUUCCCAAAGUGGGGCGCAGGAGUUGACGUCGGAGUACAAGUCCAUGUUCGCGGACACGGGAGGGCUUUCCGCGCCAACAUCCGAUUGGUUGGCCAAAGCCGUUGCAGAACCCUCCUGCGGCGGCAAAGGUCUUGCGUACAGCCCAGGGCACUGCCUCGUCAACGAAGGCUGGGGUUCGAUGAUGUUCUCAUUGAGCACCGAGCCACCUUUUGACGGACGCAGCGAGACCCUGCGAAGAGGCCGCAGCCGUUCGUUCAGCCAGUGGCAAAUCACACAUCAUCACUCGAUGCACUAG